AUGGCCAUCGGUUUGCUGAGCAUUCCAAGGGAAAUUCGCGACUUGAUCCUCGACCAAGUCAUAUUUCUGCCCGACCGCGACCCGCCACAGAACCCUUCCACCAGUCAGAACCGCAAAAGGCGCGAGUACAAGGGCAAAGGUUUUUCGGAUGGCCACGACAUUUGGGUCGAGCGACCGCAAAACCCAGCCCCGCCCGCCGGCUCACCCAACACCGCCAUUCUGCUCGUCAAUCAACAAUUGCACGAUGAAGCCAAGGCCCUGAUUGCAUCAAAAGGAACCCAUUGCCGUCUGGAUGUUAUGUACGUCAAGGAAUGUGGCUUGUGGCCGACUUGGCUUGCCGUGCCAAGAACGACCCGCCACGCAGACAGCGUCCACGUUCAAUUCCGCAUUUUCGAUCCCCCCGCCGAUGUCCAUCCGGACUGGAAAAACGAGGAACAGUUUCGCGGUGGUGAUGGCGGUCCACCAUUCAUCGUCUGGAAUUUUUAUGCCAUGUUAUCCGGUUACUUGCGGUACGGCCCGACCGCCUUUAGCAGUGUCGUAGCCGACUCGUCAGACUUCACCAUUAGGAAGCUGAUAAUAGACGUCAUCGCGCCGCCCAUGAACGAAAAGCACGAUCGACUUGUGCCUGGAAGCACUCGCCGCGCUCUUGACCUGUUUGAGGGCUUCACCCACAUGGUGAUGGACGCGGAAAGCCGCGAAAAGCGUGGGAUCACUUGGCCCCGUCCGCCGGAAGGCAAGGAAUACCUGAUACCAGCUGAGAAGCUUGCUUUCUUCAUGUGCAGCCAGAUUGGCGGUCUCCUUUCCAUGUAUCGUGACUGGGCCGACUACGGCGCCGCCCUCUACGAAGGCAUCGGCAGCAUUCAAAUCCGCGUCAACGGUGAGCUGCGCCGCGACUUCGACAUGGAUGAGAUGCUCGCCAGGUUACCCAUCCAGCCCAUCACGGCCUGGGACGAGAAAGAGCGGAAAAGAAGACAAAAAAGCUUCGACGAGUGGAAAGCCCAAGCGACAACAGUAAGACAAAGAUGGAAAAAAACGUGA